AUGUCCUCCACCAAAGGAACUGCGAAUAGUCGCAACAGCAAAACCACCACAAAACCUUUAUUGACAAUCAACAAAAAUAACAACGAAAAAGAUGCAUCAACCGCAGUAGUUGCAUCAAAACCCUUUUCCCUGCCAAAGGAUAAAAAUCUCUUGGCCAUCGAUAGCAAAGAUGAUUUUGAAAACAUUCUCAAAGAAGCCGGUGACCGUUUAAUAAUGUUUGAAUUUUUUGCCACCUGGUGUGGUCCGUGUCGCAUUUUGACCACAAAACUGGUGGAUAUGGCAAAUUUAUAUCGUGACAAGCUGCUGAUUGUUAAAAUCGAUGUCGAUGAAUUUGAAGAUUUGGCCAUGGAACAUAACGUGACCGCUAUGCCGACAUUUUUGAUAAUGCAAAAUAAGAAAUUGUUGCAACAAUUUUCGAGCAGUAAUGCAGAUCAUUUACAGGAGACGGUGGAGAAAUAUGCUGGUAAGCCGGAGGAGGAGGAUGGGAAAAAGGAUGGGUGA